AUGGAAACUAUGCGUAUAGGUGUUGCAUAUGUGUCAGCCACAGGAUGUGCAUUGGUUGUGGCACUCGGGCUCAAAGGGGGACUUGCAAAAAGGGCUUCGCCCCUGUUUCAGCGGUUUGUUCCAUUUGCUGCUGUUGUUGCUGCUAACAUGGUGAACAUUCCACUUAUGAGACAGAGUGAGUUGCUGGACGGUGUGAGUGUGUAUGACCAGGCAGGUGUACGCGUCGGGGAGUCCCGCUACGCUGCCGUCAAGGGGAUUUCCCAGGUCACGCUCAGCCGCAUCCUCAUAGCAGCACCCAGCAUGUUGCUGUUACCUGUGCUGAUUGAGGGUCUGGAGAAGAAGGCAUGGUUCCGUCGUCGGCCAUUCCUUAAUGCCCCACUUCAGGUCCUUGUGUCUGGGGCUAUGCUGCUAGUGAUGGUGCCAGUUGGCUGUGCAAUCUUCAAUCAAAGGAGCUGCAUACCGUCCUCCCGCCUGAAAACUAUAGACAGACUGGACAUGAAAGAGAUUGAGAGCAGAUACGGCCAUUUGCCAGAGUAUGUCUACUUCAACAAGGGACUCUAGAUCUACCAUAUGCAACAUAUUUUACUGAGGGCCAUUUUUCUUUAAAAAAUUUGAUUAACCAAUUAAAUGGCUAUUAUUUGCCUGUUUUGGAAUUAUUAUAUUGACACUGAAUACUGAAUAGCAUUUAGAAUUGAAAAAAAAACAACACCAUACAAUAGAUAUUUUUAAUAACUUGCAAAUUUGAAGUAUAAAAAAGAGUAAAUAAUUGUGCUGUUGUAAAACAAUCAUUUUAUGGACACAAUUAAGGAACCUAAUAUGUGGACAGAAACAAAAUGAUCAAUAACUUAUCAUGCAGUCUGAAAUCAAAAUGAAUUUUAUGCCAAUAUUUAUUGAUGUCUAUUUGCAAUAAAUUGGUACAUGUAAAUAAAUAUAAUCAUGUUUUUGCCAAAACUUGUGAACUAGAUAUAAGAAUUAUUUGUUUCACUUAAAGUAUAAAUGAGCUAGUUUGAUGAUGGAACCAUUCAAGCGUAGUGAUCAGGUCAGCGGUUAGUUUGAUAAUGGAACCAUUCAAGCGUAGUGAUCAGGUCAGCGGCUAGUUUGAUAAUGGAACCAUUCAAGCGUAGUGAUCAGGUCAGCGGCUAGUUUGAUAAUGGAACCAUUCAAGCGUAGUGAUCAGGUCAGCGGUUAGUUUGAUAAUGGAACCAUUCAAGCGUAGUGAUCAGGUCAGCGGCUAGUUUGAUAAUGGAACCAUUCAAGCGUAGUGAUCAGGUCAGCGGUUAGUUUGAUUAUGGAACCAUUCAAGCGUAGUGAUCAGGUCAGCGGCUAGUUUGAUAAUGGAACCAUUCAAGCGUAGUGAUCAGGUCAGCGGCUAGUUUGAUAAUGGAACCAUUCAAGCGUAGUGAUCAGGUCAGCGGUUAGUUUGAUAAUGGAACCAUUCAAGUGUAGUGAUCAGGUCAGCGGUUAGUUUGAUAAUGGAACCAUUCAAGCGUAGUGAUCAGGUCAGCGGCUAGUUUGAUAAUGGAACCAUUCAAGCGUAGUGAUCAGGUCAGCGGUUAGUUUGAUAAUGGAACCAUUCAAGCGUAGUGAUCAGGUCAGCGGUUAGUUUGAUAAUGGAACCAUUCAAGCGUAGUGAUCAGGUCAGCGGUUGCCCAAUAUGUUUAAUCAAUAUAAAAGCCAUUGCUUAUGAGUAAACUGUGUGAAAUAAAUAACUGAAAAAGAAUACCAUUUCAAAGUAGCUAAAGGUUCGAUUGUAUUGCUUUUGUUUUAAUUUGCAUCUGGAAAUGAACAUUAAAAUAACAUAUUGUGCUACUUUCACAAUUUGUUUAUGACAUUUGUUCUUCUCCUUAUACAUGUAUCUUCUUAAGAUAGCCAAUUUCAUACCAAAUUGAUCUUGGCUAACCUAGGAAUCCAAAAUUGUAUUUAAAUGUUCUAGAUUGCCAAACUUCAUUUGAAUCUCUAUUGUUUUACUAAGCAUUCUGUGUAAUAUAUGAUGUUUACAUAAUACUGGAUCAUACCAUAUUUUGUUGAACACUUGUUUAUAAGGGGGCUUCAAUAUGUAAGAUAAAAUAGUAUGAAUAUUAUAGUACUAUAAUUUAAAUAUGUAUUUAUAAAGGUUUUUUUUGUUUGUUAUUUUUAGAGCGUCUGUUUGUGUGUUUGCUAUUGCUAUAGCGAUGGCGUUCUCCUUGUUUGAGUCUUUCAAUGAAUGGAUUCGUGGUCAUAACUCAAUUGUUACAGAUAAAAGAUGAAUGUUAAAUGUGUACUCAUUUUGUCCUAACGUAUUUGAAGAGUUGUGACCCUUCAUUUAAGAUAUUAAUCUGUAUUAUGUUUCUUUUAUUGAAGAAAUGUUUUGGGGAGGUUUUGGUCUGGCAGGUGGUACACAUAACUUUUCCCUCCGGAAUAGUAACAUUUCUUCUCAUCUCUCAUUGCUACCAAUAAGGCCAGAGCCAAGCUAACGCUGUUAUUCACUGAAUCAGUCAAGCUAAAAUCGCUGUUUUCUGUCAAUAAUGUCCUAGUGAAACUCCCGUUGCUGUUUUUGUCAAUAAUUAGCAGUGUAUUUUCUGUAAAUAAGGUCGCAGUGAAGCAAAUACUGCUUUAUAGUGUCAAAAAGGUCUCCGUCUAACUAAGGCUGCUAUUUUUUAGCAUUUGAAACAUCCAGAAUGUAUCGAUAUUUGUUAAUACACCAUAAACUUGUAUAGAACUUGUAAGACUUCUUCACACCAAAAUUAGAAAUUGAACAUUAAAUUAAAUUGCCGUCAGAGUGAGGAUGUUAUGUUUAUGCAUGUGAUAUUAUUAGUUGAAACACGUUACACCGUGUUUAUAUGUAUAAAUCAUAUAAUACAUUUUAUGGAUUCAUGGACUUCCUUUUGAUAAAGUGUUCAAGAAAACCAGAUUGUUUAGAAAGAGAAUGUCGUUGUCCAGGUAGACGUCAACCAAGUGGGGCUAGAGAAAAUGAACACAAUGACUUAUUCAUGUAGAUAUAAAUGAUUAUAUAAAGAUCGUUAAUUGAUAUUUGAGACUUAGAACCGGAUUGAGCUAUUCGGGCAAUACUAAAAGGCUGACCAAAUGGCUGCCCAUAUAGAUAAAGAGGGAAAAGGCUGACCAGGCCAAAAAAGGCUGACCAGGAAAAUAAAAUAGAAUUGAAAAGAUGUUUUUAAUAAAACAAAAUAACUUUUAUGUUUUAAUAAGUAUAUAUUCAUUAAGAGUAUUGUAAUUUUAUAUGUUUUUUUUUAAAUGAGUUAAGAAAUAGGAAUUGACUUUACUCCUGCUUAUGUAUGCAGAUGAUAUGGCUUUGAUAGCUGAAUCUCCGGAAGAUCUACAGGAAAGUUUGAAUGCGCUUAAAAACUAUUGCGAUAAAUGGGGAUUACAAGUCAAUACCGACAAAACAAAGGUCAUCGUUUUUAAAAAGAGAGGUCGUUUGAGACAAGGUGAAAAAUGGACAUAUGACAAUGUUAACUUAGAUACAGUAAAUGAAUUCAAUUAUCUAGGAAUGGUGUUCAGCUCGAGUGGAUCGUUCGCUUUAAAUCAGAAUAUGCUAACGGGAAAAGGCCUUAAGGCUAUGAACACGCUUAUGUCAAAUUUAAAAUCAUUUAACUUUACACCCAAAACAUGUUGUCAACUUUUUGAUGCAUUUGUUAGCUCAAUAUUGAAUUAUUCAUGUGAAGUUUGGGGUUAUGUGAAGUCUCAGGAAGUAGAGAGGCUUCAUUUAAGAUUUUGUAAACGACUACUAAACGUUAAACUUUCCACGUAACUGCAGCGUUUACGGAGAACUUGGUCGAUACCCAUUGCAUAUAAAUCGGUAUAUACGGCUAAUUAAAGACUGGCUUAAGGUCGUCAAUACAGACAAUUGUAUUAUUAAAUCUUUGUACGAUCUAUCAUAUAUCGACUUUGUUAAUGGAAAACAUAAUUGGUGUAGCAAUAUUAAGAAUAUUCUCGACAAAUUUGGUUUCACUUAUGUAUGGAAUAAUCCAGACAUUGUUAUUACUAAGCAGUUUAUACCUACAUGUAUGUUUAAGCAGACAGUUAUAGACAAUUUCAUGCAAGAAUGGCGAGAGAGUCUACAAAAUAAUGGUGUAUUGACAGUGUACAAACAUUUAAAACAUAACCUUGAAUACGAACAAUAUCUGGACAUUGUUACAAACAAAUCACUGCGUAGCUGUUUAACGAGGAUGCGUGUAUCUGGUCACAAAUUACGUGUGGAAACUGGACGAUAUGGACCGCAACGUGUCAAUAGAGAAGAUAGACAAUGCGUAUUAUGUGUUAAUGCUUUAAGAGACAUUGAAGAUGAGUUUCAUUUUAUUUUAAAAUGUGAUUGUUACAAAGACAUUAGGAAACGUUAUAUAAGCAAGUAUUACACUAGAAACCCGAGUAUGUGGAAAUUGAUUGAGUUGUUUUCAUCAAAUAAAAGAUCGGUGUUAAAUCGAUUGUGUACAUAUAUAAGCAAAGCUAAUGAAAUAAGAAAUUUGCUUAUAAAUACUAUCCUUUAAUUACACUUGUUUGUAUUAAUAUGUUUUGUUUCUGUAUUAUUUGUAUUUAUUUACCAUCAUUUUGUGUUAUAAUUAUUUGUA